UUUUGAGCAUUAGAACAAAACAUAAUAAUAAUUUUAAAUUGAAGUGUUUAAACAAAGUCCACUUAAAGAAGAAUCAUUGAGGUAUAUAUCCUUGGAAGAUCGGAGCAAGAGUGUGAGAAAUUGCAAACUUAGCUUGUAGCGAGUGAGUAAGAUGGGCAUGGACAGCAGCAUGGAUGCUCAGUCUCCACCACCGUCUCAGUCUCAGUAUCAGUAUCAGAUCGGUCACCCGCGCCAUUUCUACCUCGCAGUUGACAGGCUUCAAUUCAAAAUGCAAACGUUGCUUGAUCUUCUUGAUUUGGUUGGUCGUCGUCCUUCUUUGCCGAUUGUCGUCUGUUGCAGCACUCGCGACGACCUUGACUCUCUCUGCUCCUCUCUUUCCCCUCUCCCUUUCAUUUCCUACAAUGCUUUGUGACCUUGUUGAAGACGAACGUGCUUUUGUUUUAGAGAAAUUUCGUCAGGUGGCAACGGGAUGGAAUCAGAUAAAUCAUUCUGCAGCAGGGAAUGGGGAUGAUGUUGGAAAAGAUGAUAGAUCUCAUAUGAUUAUUGUCACAGAUGCUUGCCUUCCUCUUCUUACUUCUGGGGAGCCUCCCAUGAAUGCUCAUCUUCUCAUUAAUUACGAGUUACCGGCGAAAAAGGAAACAUAUGGAAGGCGCUUGGCGGCUUGUUUAACAGCUGAUGGAAUUGUUAUCAAUAUGGUUGUUGGUGGAGAAGUAGAAACUCUAAAAAGUAUCGAAGAAAGCACCGGUAUUGUCAUGCAAGAGAUGCCAAUGCAAAUUCUUGACAUUUUAUGAUGUUAAACCCUUCUCCUUACUGAAAGAAUACAAAGAAUUUGAUUGCCUGCUAUAUUGAAUGGUUGAAGACUUGAAGAUCUCUCACUACUUUGAAUGCUGUGUAUGUAACUAGUCCAUUCUACACAAAAGAUACUGAUAAGGUUCUUUUUUCUUUAACAUCUGUGUUUUUUUCUUUAAUUAUCACAGUUUUUCUUAUUUGGACAUUUAUGCAAAGAUUGGUUUCUUAUGUGGACGUUUAUGAAAUGGAUUGGCGAUUAUUUUAGUACAAUUCAUUUUGGAAAUGUAAGUUAAAUAUUGUUGAACAUUGUAGGGGGCAGAAUCAAUGAUAUACACGCAGAUGUAUGAUAAAUUAUGAAACUA